ACAAGGCGAGCGAGGAGCAGCCGAUCUGCAGUUCCACAAAAGGGAAGAAAUAUAAUGGCACCAGGAGACUAUCAGGAAGAAGAUUCUGUCUAUUUCAAUGUAGGAGGCUGGUUCUUUUCAAUUCCAAAGUCAAAACUUUUACAGUUCCGUGACUCAGUAUUGUGGCAAGAAGCUUCCAGUCUUCUUCAUUCUGAUGAUGCCAGACUUUUUAUUGACCGAGAUGGAUAUACUUUCCGCCAUGUUCACUAUUAUUUGCAUACAUCAAAGCUGUCUUUCUCUUGCCUUUCUGAAAUUAGUUUGUUGUACGAGCAAGCUACAUCAAUGUGUCUAACACCUCUGCAACAGGCUUUGGAUAAUUUGAAAGAAAAUAAACAUCAUUUGCGUGUACGACAUGAAGAUGUACCAGUCACUCAAAGAGCCUAUAGGAAUUACUGGAGAACAAGAUGUAACAGUAAACCUUCAGACUUUCAAAUUAAAAGUCCAGCAUUCACAGGUUUAACUGAUAAAGCUCCAUUAGGAUUGAUAGAUACGCCCCUGUUGGAUACUGAAGAAGAGGUGCACUGGUAUUUUCUUCCUUUAGAUCUUGUGAAGAAAUACCCUACUUUAAUCAAUGAAGAUAAUUUGCUGUGGUUGUGUGAGGGAGUUGUCCUAAUAGGAAUUGACUGGAGUAAUUUUCGAUAUAUAGCAAAUUUCCUUCUGACUGGCAAACUUAUUCUUCCUGACAAACCUUCAGAAACUGAAAUUCUUCUGAAUGAAAUGGAGAUGCUUCAAAUUCCAGAGCUCAUCAAAGCUGUGAAAUCAUACAGGAGAGACAGGGCAGGUAAUUCCAAAGAUGUCUCUAUUCCUGGCAAUUCUGUGCAUCAUUCUGAAGUGGGUUGUGACGCUGUAGGCGCUAUGGCAAGCAAGCCAUUAUAUGUCCUUGUCCUGGAAUUAUUAGUGAAGUACCCAGAUUCAGCAUUAGGACAGCUUUGCAUUGAAAGCAGCCUUAAUGGGAUGAAACUAUAUAUUUUUGGCAAUGGAGUUCUUUUUAAACAUGUCAGGAGCUGGUUAGGGACAUGUCGUUUACCUUUCACUGAAGAUAUGUCUCAAAUGUGUGCAGUUUGUGUUUAUCUGGACCAACAUGACAGCCUGUAUCAGCCAAUUAAGGAUGCCAUGCAACUUUAUCUCCAGAAAAGAAGAAAGGAGUCACUUGAAUCAAGAUUGCAGAUAAGUACCUCAAAUGACAGUUGGAUUGCUGAUGUCGACAGCCAUACACUUCUUCAGAUUGUGAAAGUUUAUGUAGGAAAUUAUUGGUACGCCACUUACCUGAAUACCUUCCUGAAGUAUCCUGAACUACUGUAUAAUCGAAACAAAGCACAAUGGAUUACAUAUGGCAAGACGCUUUUCAUCAUUGGAGAUGGUCAGAUGUUUAGGCAUAUUAUCAACUUCCUGCGAUUCGACAAACUGUAUAUUCCAUCAGGAUUCAAAGAAUGGCCUUUACUUUGUCAAGAAAUAGAAGAUUGUAAGAUUCCUGCACUUACUGAAGCCUUGCAAAAUUGUGAACAAUACAGAAUUUGGUAUGCAGAAAAUAAGAAGACAAUUACAGCAGAAGCAGUUGAUGUUCCUGUAGAAACAUCAAAGUCAAUUUCAUCCAUGGACCUGCAUGGAAGCUUAGCAGAAAAGGGAAAUGUGUUAAGUAAUUUUAUACAAAAGGUAUCAAUGAUCCAAUUAUUUAUGUAGGGCUCUCAGUACCAUUAACAGUGGUGUUAACUGUUCAGGCUAAUAAAAUGGCUUCUCUGUAUUUUAUAAUGAAAUGGCUUCUCUGUAAUGCUGUAAUGGGAUUCUGUGUCUCGUAUGUUUGGGUUAUGGUUCUGAUAAGGGGAAAAAUAACCAAUGGAGAAUUGGUAAGCUAUCUUGUCUGUGUAAGCUGAGUGGGAGUUCACGGGCUUUUUUCGGGAGGCGAGCGAGGAGGACGGACAUGCAUGGAGCGGGCAGCGGUUCCAGAGCGACGGAUACUGGACGCCGGUGGUUCAGACAGUGGCUGAUGGCUCGGAAGGUCAUUGUGGAAGGAACCGGAGGUGUGAGCUCCAACGUAUUAAAAUACAUACACAAACUGACAAUGAGGAAAUCUGCAGAUGCUGGAAAUUCAAACAACAACACACACAAAAUGCUGGUGGAACACAGCAGGCCAGGCAGCAUCUAUAGGGAGAAGCGCUGUCAGCAAUUACUUUGGUGCCUUUAGGUUAUCUGUUUCUA